CGCGAGUUCAGAAGAGACAGAGGAGAGUAGUCGCUCGGGUGACAUGUGGAAACGUCCGACCGCGCGCACCUGCCUGUAAGUUCUCAGCGACACAAGAAAAGUAGAGAAGACGGAGCGCAAAGAGGAAAUAUUCCCCUAAUCACGGAAAGAACGUCUGAUGAGGAGCGGAGAGCAGAGGGCAUCGGGUAGAGAAGAAUGGCAGCACCUGACCUACUGGACCCCAAAUCCGCAACUCACAACACCAAGCCCCGCCUCUCCUUCUCCACCAAGCCAAUCACACUGAACCCCGAGGAGGACUGCGACACCAUCACCACAGUCAUGGAGUGGAAGACAGUGUCUGCCAUAUUCCUGCUGGUGGGGUUGUACCUGGUGAUGGGAGCAGCGGUGUUUAGGACCCUGGAGCAGCCACACGAAAGUGCCCAGCGGUUGGCUAUUCUGGCCCAGAAACUGGAGUUCCUGUCCAGGCACUCCUGUGUCAACCACAGCCAGCUGGAGGAACUGGUUAGGCAAGUGGUGUCCGCUAUUCGUUCUGGAGUUAAUCCAGCUGGAACACUGACCAAUCAGGGCAGUCUGUGGGACCUUAGCUCCUCCUUCUUCUUUGCUGGAACUGUCAUCACCACCAUCGGCUUCGGGAACAUCUCACCCCACACUGAGGGCGGACGGAUCUUCUGUAUCGUCUACGCCCUCCUGGGAAUCCCUCUCUUCGGUUUCCUACUGGCUGGUGUUGGGGACCAACUUGGGACCAUAUUUGGCAAGAGCAUUGCCAAAGUGGAGAAGAUAUUUGUGAAGUGGGACGUGAGUCAGACGAAGAUCCGAGUGACGUCCACUGUCCUCUUCAUCCUCUUCGGCUGUCUGCUUUUCGUGGCGUUGCCGGCCGCCAUCUUUAAGCACAUCGAAGGCUGGAGCGGUCUCGAGUCGCUAUACUUUGUUGUAAUCACCCUGACAACUAUCGGGUUUGGGGACUUUGUUGCUGGUGGUUCUGAGAUUGAGUAUCUGGACUACUACAAGCCUGUCGUAUGGUUCUGGAUCCUGGUCGGUCUGGCCUAUUUUGCUGCAGUGCUCAGCAUGAUAGGAGACUGGCUAAGGGUCAUUUCCAAGAAGACCAAAGAGGAGGUUGGGGAAAUCCGCGCCCACGCUGCCGAGUGGACAGCCAACGUCUCCGCAGAGUUUAAGGAGACAAGGAGGCGGGUCAGCGUGGAGAUCUACGACAAGUUCCAACGGGCCGCCUCCAUCAAGCGCAAGCUGUCGUCCGAGCUGGGCCUAAACCUCGCCCCGGAGCUGACCAUGCCCAGAAGGGCCCUGUCCGUCAACUUUAACGACGAACGGGAGAAGGAGGCGGGGUUGCCGACCCUGACCAGAAAUGGCGGCCUGUUCUUCAACGGCCUCGGGGGCGACCCGGAGGGAGGUGACAUCGUCAUCAUCGAACAUCUCAAAUAAGGUUUGCGGCCUCCACCUUUGGCCUCCGAAAGCCAAACCGUAACUUGCUGCAUCUCCGAUCACGGCAGACAAAUAGCAGACCGAUGGCAUCGUCAUGAAACAUCUACACCCACACCGGUGGGCUAUGAGGCAGUCUAACGUCCAUCACAACCGAACUAUGAUGUCUACGCAUGUGAAUGACUGUGUGUUGUUUUCCCGGGUUGAGACAGUGUCAGUAGGAUAACUAACAUGAGAGGAACCGAUGAUUUCCUUUCUGCCUUUAACCUGAAUGUGAGUCUUGUGGGCGGUCGUAACGGGUUCCAAUCUUCUUGACAGUUGGAAGAACCAUUUUUAUUCACCGAAGAGACCAUUCCUGUGCCUACAUUUUUUUAAAGAUUACCAACCUGAAUUUGAGUGAAAAGGCACAUAUGCAGGAACAUUGUUUGGUUUGGACGAGAGCACACUUAGAGAGUGGUUACGGUUAAACCAAAGUCUGUUGUGUUUGACUUUGUGAUCACUUCAAGAUUAUAUUGUGAAUGACAGUUGAAACAACAGAAUGUGAUGUCAUAAUGUAAUGCUUGAGAUUCCUGAGGGUGUGUUUUUGUGUGGGAAGCCAACUGGGAUGCUUCACAUGAAGCAGAAGUAAUGUAUGAAUGGUUGGCUCCAAAGUGCACCUCUUGUUGCGUUCAAUGACUUGAUUUCUGGGGAAUCCUUUCAUCUAUCUCACCCUAAUACUGCGGGUCUUAUUGAUUUGCAUGUUGCUAGUAAGGGAAUAAUUAGCCCCUGUCAAAGAAUGUCAUUAAAUUACAUUGCCAGCAGGACGAAUAGAUGCUAUCACCAAGAAACAAAAUGGCUGCCUUGUAAACUGACACUGACUGCAAUGUUCAGUUAUGCCAAAGGCCAAAUACAUGUGGAAUUAUAAGCAUGACUGUCCUAGCAUAAAACUAAUGAUUUUGUUUUUCAUAGAAUCACUGUUUUGUGUUCAAAUUCAAGAUUACAAGAAAAUGUUUAUGGAAGGCAAAAUAGUUCUUAAACAAGACUAUAAAAAUGAGGUUCUUUAGGAGAUGGUUGUUGAGAAUUGAUGCUCAUAGCAGAUGGAUGCACAAGCUAGAUGACUGAAUGUUACUUGAAAUCUUACUAAUCGACACCAUUCAACAUGUAAAGUACACUUUAAACUUGACCAAACUAUAUAUUUAUAGUAGAAUUAACUAAAUACUUUCCAAAAAUAAGCCUACAAACACCACACACAGUCACAAUACCCACUCAUACACUCUCUCCUUGGUUCACCUGCCAUUCAAAAUGCACUUUUAUGUACUGUAACUGCCUUUUCUGAACAUGACCUACCCUUUAAACACGGCUAUUUAUCGCAAGUGUUCAUAUCGUUGUAUGGUGAUGGCUUCAUCAAGUCAUUUGGCUGUGAUGUUGCUAAAUAGUUAGCUAAAAAACGCUGUGAUGUUGCUAAGCAGUUAGCAAAGAACGUUGAUGCAAAGAACUUAUUAGCAUCCUAAAACAAAGCAAAUAGACGUCACACAGAACCAAAACAGAACCAAAACAGGUUCCACUAUCCUCCCUCUGAAAACCCCUUACAGAACUACUUUGGUCCGCUGCUGGAACACUCAUAUUUCAAAAGGGUCUAGGAACUGAAAACAGAGUAACAUUCCUUUUCGUGAUGUGUGCUCAUUUAGGUGAAAAGCAUGCACCAAA